UGCUCUUAAAACUCCUCGCACCACCGACUCUGUAUCUAGGAGAUUCGUUUCUCGCUGCAGGGUCCUUCCGUCUCGUGUUCCUCUCGUACUUGAGGAUUAUCCUCAGCUCUCUCGCUCUCUCCAUCUCUCUCUUCCAUGCAGAUUUCGCUUGGUUUCGAUUGCUCGAGUGUCGUUGUUGGUGGUGCAUCUAGGGUUUCGGCGUCCGCUGGUGUUCGGGUUUUGCCACGAAAUCGAUGGCCGGAAGGGAAGUUCGCGAGUAUACCAAUCUCAGCGAUCCUAAAGAUAAGAAAUGGGGAAAGGGGAAGGACAAGAUAGACGAUGAGGACAUCACGUUCCAGCGCAUGGUCGCCAAGAUGCAAGAGGUUGCUGGAGAACGGGGAGGUUACCUUCAUGGACGAGGAGCUCUGGACAGUGAUGAUCUGCUAUAUCUCAAGGAACAAAUGGAAGCUGAAGAGGAUGCAGAACGCCUCCUACGCCGCACUGAAAAACGAGCAUUUGCUGCGUUUAAAAGAGCUGCGAGUGUAGCAGAUUCAUCUCCUGCAUCCGUGCCUUUGCCUCUUCGUGUUGAGCCAAAGCCAAAGAGUGGGAUCAGGCAGCAAGAUCUCCUCAAGAAAGUUGUGGAAAUCAAGCCCAAGCGGCAAAAAGUUUCUAGCCCGCCAAAUGUGAAUCGGGCAGCCACCAUAUCCAAUGAUCAUGUAACUUCUGAAUCGAAGGUUGACCAUUUGAAGGAGGAGCCCACGCCAACAAAAGCAGAGGAUAAAACUCAAUCGUUAAAUCCUGUUAAAGGCUUGCUGGGCAUAGCAUAUGAAAGUGAUGAUGAGGAAUGAUUGAAGAAUGAUGAGUGGAUGCACGUGUGCGGUUCUGCAUGCUAAGUUUUGAUGUUUAUUUGAAGUAGGAAACGUAGUAUAAGACAUCGAAUCUGGCGUAAGUGUAUCUUUUGGCACCAAUUUAUGACCUGGCAUUGCAAGCCUACCAAAUUUGCGCCUC